GUGCGCGUGCGCGUGCGCAGGAAUAAGAGCGAGGUAGGGACGGCGCGUGGCCGGCGCCGCUACGGAGGCAGCUAGACCGGCGGUUGGAUGGCGCGGGGCGGGGUGGGGCGAACAGGGGCUCUGGGCCUGGCUCUGCGGCUUCUGCUCGGUCUUGGACUAGGCCUGGAGGCGGCCGCGACCCCGCUUUCCACACAGACCUCCGCCCAGGCCGCAGGCUCGUGCCCACCCACCAAGUUCCAGUGCCGUACCGGUGACUUAUGCGUGCCCCUCAACUGGCGCUGUGACAGUGACGAGGACUGCCCUGAUGCCAGUGAUGAGGAGGAGUGCCCGAUUGAGCCGUGUACCCAGAAUGGGCAAUGCCCACCGCCCCCUGGCCUCUGCUCCUGCACUGGUGUCAGUGACUGCUCCGGGGAAACCGACGAGAAACUGCGCAACUGCAGCCGCCCGACCUGCCCAGCAGGAGAGCUCCAUUGCACGCUGAGCGAUGAAUGCAUUCCACUCACAUGGCUCUGCGAUGGCCACCCAGACUGUUCCGACUCCAGUGACGAGCUCGGCUGUGGAACCAGUGAGACCCUCCUGAAAGGAAAUGCCACAACUAUGGGGUCCCCUGUGACCUUUGAGAGUGUCACCUCUUUCGGGAAUGCAACGUCCUCUGGAAGACCAAGUGCCUAUGGGGUUAUAGCAGCUGCCGUGGUGCUUAGUACAAGCCUGGUGGCCGCCACCCUCCUCCUUUUGUUCUGGCUCCGAGCCCAGGGGCGUCUCUGCCCACUGGGGCUGCUGGUGAACGUGAAGGAGUCCCUGGUGCUGUCAGAACGGAAAACCUUUCUGAUCUGAGGACAAACACUGGCCACCACCAUCACCCAGCCCUGGGUGCAGCCAGGCAGGAGGUGAUCAGUGAUGUGGACCACGAUAUAGGCGUGCCAGCCCUCAGAGACCAGGGCUGUUCUGGCCACGUGGAACCUCCAACCUCAAACCCGAGCUCCUGCAGAAGCGGCCCUGGAGAUUCAGAGUCCCUGAACAUUCCCUAUGGAGACCUGGGGAGCUUGGAUGGGGAACACACUACAGCCAGAACCGAGGGGCCGGCCCCAGGUAGCUCCCAGGAGGUGGAACGACCCCAUGCCGAAGACACUCCUGCUGCCCCAUCAGAGGGCGGUGAAUAAAGUUGCUUCACAAGCUC